AGUCUAGCAGUUUUACAGUCCUAGUUUUUUUAUUUCAUUAUAAAAAAUGUCUGCUUUCCGUGUCGCCGACUUAUCAUUCCUUCCAUUGAAAAAUGUGCUCCGACAGAUGUCUAUUGGAGAAUUAAUCAACUUCUCUGUAGACUCUCCGAAACUUCAGCAAUUCAUAAAAUCGAUGAAAAUCCCAACUGGCGGCUUCUCAGUGUUUCUGGGCGCUCACGAUAGAAUGAUCAAAAGCGACCAGCAGCCGUGGGGCUACAGUUUCAAUAAAUCCACAAUUGAAGAUGACCUGACUUUCUUUCAUCACGGACUGAAGCACCUGGAGAAUCUGUUCAAAGUGUCUUUGAACACUUUAUCCUUUGGUUCCUCGUACAUGGCUUAUAAGUUUUUGGAGCAAGAAGAGAAGAUGCCCAGAAGCUGUGAAUACCUGAUUAUCAAUGAGAUUUCCACUGGAUUAGAUGAGUUCUGGCAACAUCAAAAGGAUGAGUUGGUGGAGUCAAUCAGCGUCGAGAAAGGAAUCGUAUUGUCUGGUGAAGCCUGGAGCAACAGUGAUAAGAUCUACAACGUGGACUAUUUGUUUGUGGGCCACUCUGGUAACAUGGCUCUCACGGAUCUUCUCCAGUUCAACAAUCGGAUCGUUUUUCUGGAUCGUGUUUCAACUUCCAACCAGACCAUCCGCAAUUUCCUGCAAGUUCUGAAAAAAUCCAAUAGUCAACUGGAAGUUCUAACGAUUCGAGAUAGUUGGGAAGGAAGUUGGGAUCCAAUUGAAGUACUUGAAGGACUCAACGCGCAGGAAUGGAACCCAGAGCACCGGCCACAAAAGUUCUUCCUCAACUCAUCCCAUUCCAAAAAUCUCUUGAAGAUCCAGCAGCAUUUCUACCCAAAACAGAAGGAUUCAUUGGCAAAUGGAAUUGACUUGGCAGAAGCUUAUGACUUCCUUCGAGAUGAUGGAGUUCGUGUCAGUGUGCUUUUCGGAGAGGCUAAGCUUCAAGUUUUUGUUUGGAGCCAGCGGGAGAAAAAGUUGGAGAGGAAAAGAAGAAGGUCCAGGGGAUUAAGUGAACCAGCUGCCAAAAGAUCUUGUUAGUUGAUGUUUCCUCUGAAUUUUUAGUUUUUAUUGUAAUAUUUCAAUUCAUUCUGUAUGUCAUUAUGUCAUUUCAAACUGUCAUUUUUUUAUAUGCUAAUAAAAUUUUCUAAAUUCUUAAA